AGGGGGGGCUUAGCAAUGCUCACACCCUCCCUCUGGGCUUAUUGAGAGUUAUAUCAAGAAAUUUCAGUUCACAGAGAAGGAGAGAAAGAAAGAGACACUAGGAGGGAGAAGGGCAGGGGAAGCGCUGUAGCUUCCUUCCAUCACUAAAGCAAUAACCUAUUAGGAUUUUCUUUGGCACCUAUCACCCCAGAGAUGCAAAGAAGGAGAGAGAAGCAUCAACCAGCCCAACUCUGACAUUUCUAAUAAGAACUUACAGACUUAACAUGCCUGCCUCUCUACACUGAGGAGACAGGAAUGGAAAAUGUGUGCAGUGUAGAGUGGAAAAUACCCCUGAUCUAAAGAAGUGCACUGGGUUUUGUGCUUGCUGGUUGGUUGUGGUGGUGUAUGCACGUUAAGCACCAGAAGGAUCGUCGCCGGAUAGAAAUGAAACGUGGAGAGGAUGACUAACGACAGAACUGUGAAUUUGUUCUCUGGAGUUGCUAAUUUCCCACCCCGAAGCAACACAUUUCGCAAAGAGCAAGCGUUUGGCUGCUGCUGAUUUCUCCAAAACUGGUGGUUUAGCAGAUGCUUUGUGCUGUAUGUGUUGGAUCAGAUCCUUGCUGAGCCGCCGCAGAUCGGCAAAGGUACACAACCAGUUUGCUGUCUCCAAAUAAGAAAUGAGAUGUAAUGCAUCCUGCAGUCCAUGCACGCCUCCUCUUGCAAAUCGUGCACCAUUCCUCUGUGGAAACCUUUAAAUCCUAAAAUCCAGAAAAAGAGAAUAAACACAUUAUCAUGGACCUGAGGGAUUUUUACCUGUUGGCUGCUCUGAUUGCCUGUUUAAGGCUGGAUUCAGCUAUAGCUCAAGAACUUAUUUACACUAUUAGAGAGGAGCUGCCUGAAAAUGUACCCAUAGGAAACAUACCAAAGGAUCUGAACAUUUCUCACAUCAAUGCUGCCACAGGGACCAGCGCCAGCCUCGUCUACAGACUGGUUUCUAAAGCAGGGGAUGCCCCUUUGGUCAAAGUGUCCAGCACCACUGGGGAAAUCUUCACCACCUCUAAUAGAAUAGACAGAGAAAAACUCUGUGCUGGAGCCUCCUAUGCUGAAGAAAAUGAGUGUUUUUUUGAACUUGAAGUGGUGAUUCUCCCCAAUGACUUUUUUAGGCUGAUCAAAAUAAAAAUCAUUGUAAAAGAUACCAAUGACAAUGCACCUAUGUUUCCAUCUCCUGUCAUCAAUAUUUCCAUACCUGAAAACACCUUGAUCAACAGCCGCUUUCCAAUUCCAUCAGCAACUGAUCCCGACACAGGUUUCAAUGGUGUCCAGCACUAUGAAUUGUUAAAUGGGCAGAGUGUCUUUGGACUGGAUAUUGUUGAAACUCCGGAAGGAGAGAAAUGGCCUCAACUGAUCGUACAGCAAAACUUGGAUAGAGAGCAGAAGGACACCUAUGUGAUGAAAAUCAAAGUAGAGGAUGGAGGAACCCCUCAGAAAUCCAGCACAGCCAUACUGCAAGUCACAGUAAGUGAUGUCAAUGAUAACAGACCAGUUUUUAAAGAGAGUCAGGUGGAGGUUCACAUACCAGAGAAUGCCCCAGUAGGCACCUCUGUAAUUCAGCUUCAUGCUACAGAUGCAGAUGUAGGAAGCAAUGCAGAAAUCAGAUAUAUUUUUGGUGCCCAAGUUGCCCCUGCAACCAAAAGGCUCUUUGCUUUAAAUAACACAACAGGGCUGAUUACAGUUCAGAGGUCCUUAGAUCGAGAAGAGACUGCUAUUCACAAAGUGACAGUGCUGGCCAGUGACGGUAGCUCUACUCCUGCUCGGGCAACUGUUACCAUCAAUGUCACUGAUGUAAACGAUAACCCUCCUAACAUAGAUCUCAGGUACAUUAUAAGUCCCAUCAAUGGCACAGUAUACUUAUCUGAGAAAGAUCCUGUCAAUACAAAGAUUGCCCUAAUUACAGUUUCAGAUAAGGACACUGAUGUGAAUGGCAAAGUGAUCUGUUUCAUUGAGAGAGAGGUCCCAUUUCACUUGAAGGCAGUUUAUGACAACCAGUAUUUGUUAGAGACCUCUUCCUUGUUGGACUAUGAGGGCACCAAAGAAUUCAGCUUUAAAAUUGUUGCCUCUGAUUCUGGCAAGCCCAGUUUGAACCAGACUGCCCUGGUAAGAGUUAAACUGGAGGAUGAAAAUGACAACCCUCCAAUUUUCAGCCAGCCUGUAAUUGAGCUGUCAGUUUCUGAAAACAACCGUCGUGGUCUAUACUUAACAACUAUUAGUGCCACAGAUGAAGACAGUGGGAAAAAUGCAGACAUUGUUUAUCAGCUUGGCCCUAAUGCCUCCUUUUUCGAUCUGGAUCGAAAGACGGGAGUUUUGACAGCCUCCAGAGUUUUUGACAGAGAAGAGCAAGAACGUUUCAUUUUCACUGUAACAGCAAGGGACAACGGCACCCCUCCUCUGCAGAGUCAAGCGGCUGUAAUUGUUACUGUAUUGGAUGAAAAUGACAACAGUCCCAAAUUUACUCAUAAUCACUUUCAGUUUUUUGUAUCUGAGAACUUACCAAAGUAUAGCACUGUGGGAGUGAUCACAGUGACCGAUGCAGAUGCAGGGGAAAAUAAAGCAGUAACCCUUUCCAUCCUGAAUGAUAAUGAGAACUUUGUGCUGGAUCCUUACUCUGGAGUUAUAAAGUCCAAUGUUUCUUUUGAUCGAGAACAGCAGAGCUCGUACACCUUUGAUGUCAAGGCCAUUGAUGGAGGACAACCUCCUCGCUCUUCUACAGCGAAAGUAACAAUAAAUGUCAUGGAUGUUAAUGAUAACAGCCCAGUUGUCAUCUACCCACCUUCUAAUACUUCUUUUAAGUUGGUGCCACUCUCAGCAAUCCCAGGCUCUGUCGUAGCAGAAGUAUUUGCUGUGGAUAUAGACACUGGAAUGAAUGCUGAACUUAAAUAUACAAUUGUAAGUGGAAAUAACAAAGGUUUAUUUCGUAUUGAUCCAGUGACAGGUAAUAUUACUCUGGAAGAAAAACCAGCUCUUACUGACGUGGGGCUGCAUCGUUUAGUGGUCAACAUAAGUGACUUGGGUUAUCCUAAAUCCUUGCAUACUCUUGUGCUUGUAUUUUUGUAUGUAAAUGACACUGCUGGAAAUGCCUCUUAUAUUUAUGACUUGAUACGUAGGACUAUGGAAACACCCUUAGACCGGAACAUAGGGGACAGUAGCCAACCCUAUCAAAAUGAGGACUAUCUUACUAUCAUGAUUGCUAUAGUGGCAGGUGCUAUGGUUGUGAUAGUGGUGAUAUUUGUCACGGUUCUGGUUCGCUGUCGACAUGCAUCUAGGUUCAAAGCGGCACAAAGGAGCAAGCAAGGUGCUGAAUGGAUGUCUCCCAAUCAGGAGAACAAACAGAACAAGAAAAAGAAAAGGAAGAAAAGGAAGUCUCCUAAAAGUUCUCUUUUGAAUUUUGUUACCAUUGAGGAGUCGAAACCUGAUGAUGCUGUCCAUGAACCUAUCAACGGGACAAUAAGCCUUCCAGCUGAGCUGGAGGAGCAAAGUAUAGGAAGAUUUGACUGGGGUACAGCACCACCAACAACCUUUAAGCCUAACAGUCCUGAUCUUGCUAAGCAUUACAAAUCUGCCUCUCCACAGUCUGCUUUUCAUCUUAAACCUGACACUCCAGUAUCAGUGAAAAAGCAUCAUGUGAUUCAGGAACUUCCGUUGGACAACACCUUUGUUGGUGGUUGUGACACCCUUUCCAAACGCUCUUCCACUAGUUCAGAUCACUUCAGUGCCUCAGAGUGCAGUUCCCAAGGAGGCUUCAAGACAAAGGGCCCCUUACACACCAGACAGUCCCAGCGCCGUGUUACGUUUCACCUCCCUGAUGGCUCCCAGGAAAGCUGCAGUGACAGUGGUCUAGGAGACCAUGAGCCUGUGGGUAGUGGAACCCUGAUCUCACACCCUCUCCCUCUGGUUCAGCCACAGGACGAAUUCUACGACCAGGCCUCACCGGACAAGAGGACUGAAGCUGAUGGCAACUCUGACCCCAACUCUGAUGGGCCUCUUGGUCCACGAGGAUUAGCUGAAGCUACAGAGAUGUGUACUCAAGAAUGCCUGGUUUUGGGUCACUCAGAUAACUGUUGGAUGCCUCCCAACCUGGGUCCAUACCAGCAGCCAAAGUCUCCUCUCUCCACCUUUGCACCUCAGAAAGAAUGGGUUAAGAAGGACAAACUAGUGAAUGGACACACGUUGACAAGAACCUGGAAAGAAGAUAGCAACAGAAACCAGUUCAGUGACCGAAAGCAGUAUGGUUCUGGUGAGGGCCAUUUCAACACUGGCAAUCACAUGACUGACAUUCCUUUGGCUAACUUGAAGUCUUAUAAACAGGCCUCAGGACCUGCUGAGAGUCCAAAGGAGCAUCAGCUAUAAGAAAUGGCUACUUUGGAUCAAUGACUUUAGUCUACUUAGACUUGCUAAUACUGUGCGUGUGUGUGUGUGUAUCAGAGCUUUAUGUACUGGGUAGACCUCUAGAACUAUGCUUCACAUAGCAGAGAUAUGCAUAUCUUUGUUUUAGCCCAAUGGAAAGUAUAAUGUUCUGCAACACAAAAGAGUGUUUCUACUAGUUGUGUGGUUUUGUUAAAUAGACAUGAUUAAACUCUGCAGAGAUCUCUCCAGUUUGCAAAUAUCCUUUUUGUUUGUUUGGUUUUUGACCCUGGACUGCUGCUACAAACAACAGAAGAUGCAUUUGGAGAGUGAUAGACCAAGAGAGAGAGUUCAGUGGAUUAUAAUGAUUGAAAAGCAUAUCCAGUUAGAAAAUUGUGCUCUUGCUGUCAUUGAUCUGUGCUGGGACUGCUAUACUUGAUAUCAUACCGCAAACAAAACAACUAAAACUAUAAACAUUAAACCUAUUGUGCUAUUAACAACAUUAGUGGACACUUGUAAGUCAAUCAGUGUUCAAAAUACUUGUAAAUAGGAACAAUUAUUACUAACAAAAUUUGUGUACUUAUAACGUUCACCUAAAAGGAUACUGUAGCAUAAUUCUUUGUUUCACAGUUGCUUUUUACUUUUUCAUUUGCUUCCUGUUUUGUUUUUAAUUUCAGUGAUGGUGUAUCUGUGUUAGUAGUCUGUCUGACACACAAAGUUCCAAGGAACUCAAAACACUUGUGUUUAAAAAAAAAAACCAAAUAAAAAACCUCUUGUUUCUGUUUAACAGCAGAUGAUGCUGGCAUUCUAGUAAGCAAAACUGUUUGCAAAUAUUAAAAAACAAAAGGAUUUACGCAAGGGCUUUAAACUUUAAUAACUUUAAUUUCACUUCCAUUCUGUUUUGCAAAGCAGGGGAACUUAAAAAAAGAAAAAAGAAGUUAGCUAUGUGGGUGGUGGCAAAGGAGCGUCAGAUGGCAUUUAUUUAGGAACUCUGAUCAGUUAACGGUCGUCUCACAAUUAAUGAAAAGUAACAUUGAGCUAAUUUGGAGUAGAAGGAGGGAAAUUUGGAGAAACAAAAUACAAGGAUCAUUUUCUUUCCAAUUGGACAAGUGUGUGUCUAUACCUAAGACAGUUUGUAUUGCUGAAAAAGCGGCAUUUGUGUUGAUCCUCAUCUGCGUUAAUGUUGUAGUAACACAAGUGUUUUUAGACCAUAGCCACAGAAUAUUUAAUGUGUUGUGCCUUCAUGAUGUAACAGAGCAUUCUCCUGGUAGGCUAGUUGGGGAAACUAAGGGUUAAAACUCUAAUUAUUGCUGUUUAACUGUUUGUUAUCAUAGUUGGUCAAUGCCUGGCAGGUACCGGCGUCAUGUCACUUCAGUCAAACCAGCAGAGUGACUCCUACUAUUAAUAAGAUCUAAGUUGCACGUAAAACAAAUCCAAAUCUGGACAUUCUUAGGCGGUUUUUGUUAAGGCAUGACAGAUGAUUUAAACAAAUAAAUAGCAUGCAGAAAAAAAUAAGAAAAAAAAAAGAAAAAAAGAAAAGAAAAAAAAGCCCUUACAGAAAAAAAAAAGGGAAAAUUAUCUUAUGCCACAGUUGAUCAGUCUUAAAAUAACAAAUUUAGGUAAUCUGAAGGUUAAUUUGUUCUUACCAAAAAAAAAAAAAAAGUUUUUUUUUGUAUAUAGCAGUUCACAGUUUUUUUCCUCCACAGUAUAAAGACAUAAAAUGGGUUAGGGGUGCAUUGCUUAUUGCAGUACUUAUGUCAGUUUGUGAGGGGUGUUUGAUGACUUUGACAGAAUAAAUAUCUAAACAGUUAUCCUUGUUACUGCUUUGCCAGUUCAACGUUAUUUACAGUUAUUCAGCUCUUGCAAUAAAUGUUCUGAAUUCC